AAGCUCCACCCGUUAGGGUUCCACGGCCGCCGCCCGCCGCCCGCUGCCCGCCGCUUGUUGCCCCGCCGACGCCGCCCCCAGCUCCGUCUCCGUCCUGCCUUGCUGCAUCCUCCGCCGCUCUGAAGUGUACUGCAUCCUCCGCCUCGCCGGACCGCCGUCGCCGUAUUCCUCCUCCUCAACCUCGUCUUUUUCAGCCGAAGGUCGCUGAGAUCAUUCACCCGGUUAUAGAAUUUCUGAAGCAUAUGGUAUCGAUCACCUACAAUUAUACACAAAAAAGGGAAUAUUUGUGUCAAGAAAAGCUGUGAAUAAUUUCUUGAUCAAAAUUGCAGGUAGGUGUGAAAAAUGAGUUUGUGGGACAGAGCUGCUUCAUUGGCGCCGAAGAUAAGUUCGACAUCAACGCCAGCACCAACAUUGCUAUCUAUCGACGUUGAAAACCAAGUUCAAGAUCAACCUCGGCAUGGAUCGAUGUCGUCGCCAGUACUACCUCUGCCCACGGCUGCACCGCCUCUGCUCCCCAUCAUUCAGUUGGACGGAGAGAGCGGUUACCUCCGCUGGAAGGAGUCAGUGCUGCUCCGCCUCCACACUAUUGGUGUGGCCGACGUCCUGACCGAGGAGCGCCCUCCCGACGAGAAGACGGCUGCCGGCAAGCAGUGGGCGCACAUGGAUGCAUUGUGCCGUGGCCACAUCCUCGCCACGCUCUCCGACCGCCUCCUUCCGGUCUACGCUCCCCACGCCACUGCAGCUGCCGUGUGGCGCGCCGUGGCGCGCACCUAUGAUCUGGACCUAACGGUGGAUGUUCCGCUUCGAAGCGUGCCCUAUGUGAAGGCCAUCACAUUCCAGUACACGGAGGACGAGCCCGUCACGGAACAGCUCGCGCUCCUAGAGGGCUUGACCACCAACGCAAAACUCGAUAACUCUACCUUGUGUUUCAUUGUGAAGCAGUUUCCGACAUUGAGUGAGAAGGUCGCCACGCAUGACUACCGUCUGAGCAUGGACGAGAUCUGGGAGAUCGCUCGGCGGAAGGAGCGGGUGGCCAGGGUACAGGAUAUUCGCCGUGCCAGGGACGAUCCGCAGACGUCAGACGGGCAAGGCAGCUUCUCAGAUGGGGGACCGGCAUCCAGAGACGAUGGCGGAGGAAGAGAGGACGGAGGACAUGAUUCAGAUGCGGCGAGCUUGUUAGAUGGUUGAAACAUGGCUUGCCCAUCGUGCUCGUGCGUGGGCGUGCAUGCCACAACUAGUCAGUCCAUGUUUGUCUUGUGCGAACCAGAACUAGUUGUUAGCCCCCUGAUGAGUCGUGCGAUUUUAUUUGAACCUAGUUCUUGUAUAUCACUGGGAGUCUGGAUGGUGAUGGUGAUCUUUUGUUGGUUUGGAACCAGGCUGCGUCCUGGGUUUCCCUAUCCUUUCCUUCUGGCUGCUGUGAUGGCUUAGUUGCAGCUAGUCUUUUGAGCUGCUGUUUGCACUACUUUUCUUUUUAGCUGCUUGUAAGAACUAUGAUCGUUUCUUUUAAUGGAAAUCGAGGGACGAUUG